UAACAACUAAUGACGUGAUGAAGAAUUGUUCCUUGCGGAGGUGAAUGUCAUACAAUAAGAUCUACUCGGAGUAAAUGACAUAUGGAUACAUAACAAUCAAGAAGGUUUUAUUAAGCAGGAACCCGGAAUACUGUGACUCCGCCACUUCACUCGGCUUCCUCUACCUAAACAACGGAUUUAACAACUAAUGACGUGAUGAAGAAUUGUUCCUUGCGGAGGUGAAUGUCAUACAAUAAGAUCUACUCGGAGUAAAUGACAUAUGGAUACAUAACAAUCAAGAAGGUUUUAUUAAGCAGGAACCCGGAAUACUGUGACUCCGCCACUUCACUCGGCUUCCUCUACCUAAACAACGAUGGCGUUUCAUAUCUGUGGACCGGAUGAAGUCAUGGUUGUAUCAGGCAUGUGCCGCAGCCCUCCUGUAAUGAUUACUGGCGGCUGGGUGUUUGUCCUGCCCUGUGUACAUCAGAUUCAGAGGAUCUCCUUGAAUAUGAUGAGGCUGUAUGUGAGGAGUAAGGAAGUCUAUACACGAGACGGAGUCCCCAUCUCCGUUACUGGCAGUGCUCAGGUAAAAAUUGAAGGUAAGAAUAAGGAGAUGCUGGCGGCUGCUUGUCAGAUGUUCCUGGAGAAAUCGAAAUUUGAGGUGGAGAACAUUGCCCUUAAUAUCUUUGAGGGUCACCAGCGUGCCAUUAUCGUUCAAAUGACGGCGGAGGAGAUCUACAUGGACCAGAAGAAGUUUUCAGAGAAGGUUUUCAAAGUGGCCUCUUCUGGCCUUGUGAAUAUGGGAAUCAGUGUUGUGAGCUACACCUUGAAUGACAUCGAUGAUGAUCAGGGUUACCUGCACUCCCUGAGUAAAGCAAGGGCCACUCAGGUGCAGAAGGAUGCAAGGAUUGGCAAGGCCGUGGCCAAGGGAGACGCUGGGAUAAAGGGUUACCUGCACUCCGUGAGUAAACCAAGGACCACUCAGGUGCAGAAGGAUGCAAGGAUUGGCGAGCCCGUGGCCAAGGGAGACGUUGGGAUUAAGGUGAAUGAAACAUGGACUCCUUACUGAUGCCUGAAACAUGGACUCCUACUGACAUCCUUACUGAUGUCCAUAUUGCUAGCAAAAAUAGUAACAAGAAAUGAAUCGUACAGAAUAGGGUUGAUUGUUGUUUGUGCAUGCACGGUUUUCACGUGAUCUGGUUUGGGUGAUAUUAGGAAUUAUUAGAGUGGAAGGCAGUUGAAGUCCAUACAAGCAACGUGACCUCAGAAGAUAAGAACGGUAAGAGGGGGCUUCCGGUUCCGGCAUGAGAGCGUUAGCAGCGUCUCUCACCAGCUCCGUAACUCACCCCAGCUCUGGACAACAUUAAAGCUGUCUACCUCACGAACCCACCGGUCAAGGUCCCCGUGCCGCAAGGAGGUCACUAUGGACAAAUAUCUGGCUGCGUCUCCGGCUCCGAAAAUACCAGCCCAGGCACAACAGCCGCGUCAGGAGAAACGCCGUGGAGAACACAAUAUGGCGCCGGGUGCAGAUUCGGCCCCGGGGACGCCAGCGUCUAAGAAGGUAGUACCAGACCUCUUCUCGGAGACCCCGGCAGGUGGGGAUGGGAAUGCUGGCUCAGGUACAUUUACCUCAACUUAUGCUGACAUGAUAGCCGCUAUACAAGCAACUGUUGAACCCCUUUUAAAUAAGGCUGUGACAGAUAUCACUUCCCAGCUACAACAGCUUAACAGAAGAGUGUCUGAUACUGAAAGCCAUAUAAG